AUGGAAGAGGUGGCGUGCGACAACUGCAGUCUGUAUGUAGACGAAAAUGCUAGUCUCUACGACAACCAAACUCACAAUGUCACCAUUAACAAAUUCUACUUCUAUCAGACAGCACAGCUUGCAGUUCUUUGGGUGUUGCUGGUGGCGAUCGUCGCUGGGAACGCCACAGUCAUUCUCGCUCUACUUCUCACCAAAUCUAGGAAAAGCCGGAUGAACUUUUUCAUCAUGAACUUAGCUAUAGCAGAUCUAUGGGUUGGUCUCAUCAGUGUUUUACCCGAUUUGAUUCAGCGGGUGACGAUAUCGUGGUUCGGUGGUUCCAUCGCGUGUAAAUUAAUAAAAUAUUUACAGGGUGUAGUAACUUAUUCUUCGACGUACGUGUUGGUCGCACUUAGUGUUGACAGAUGUGAUGCGAUAACGCAUCCAAUGAACUUCACGGGCAGUUGGCGCCGAGCUAGAGGAUUAAUAUGCGGCGCGUGGCUCGUUAGCUUUCUAUUUUGCAUACCCAUGCUUAUAUUGUUCGACGAAGCUGACAUACAAGGAACACUCCAAUGCUGGUCCAGCAUUAACGUGACGCAGUGGAGAAUUUGGAUGACCAGCGUCUUCUUGUCGUUGUUCGUUGCGCCUGCGCUGAUAAUCUCCGCGUGUUACGGCGUCAUCGUCAUCACGAUACGACAGAAGAGUCGUCGUGUUUUGGGCAAGCGGGCUGCUGCAAGACAAUAUAGUGACGAUCUUGACAGUAGAAGAGCAAGCAGUCGCGGCAUUAUACCUAAAGCCAAAAUCAAAACUGUCAAGAUGACGUUCGUUAUUGUAUUUGUCUUCGUCCUCUGCUGGUCCCCAUAUAUGAUCUUCGAUCUCCUACAAGUGUAUGGUUAUGUACCAGAUACUCAGGCCAACAUUGCCAUCGCUUCUCUUAUUCAGAGCUUGGCACCGCUCAACUCGGCUGCAAAUCCUGUCAUAUACUUCAUAUUCUCUAAUAGGAUAUUUCUAAGUCUAAGGAACAUUCCACCAUACAAAUGGUUUUGGUGCUGGAUGCGUCGUGACAGCCCAACCGGAAACGAGUCGCGGGCGCAUACAGAACUCUUGACUUCGUCUCAUCGGCGCACGAGACACGAACUCACUAUACGGGUUAAAGAUGACAGCAUAAAAUACCCCAACCAGCGUCUCCAUCAAUGCAAUAGUUCUCGCAAGGUUCGACUCCACUUGCCUGAUCAAAUUCAGAUGAACAACAAUUUUCACCAACCGAGGACCAGGGACGACACUUUUCUAUAA